AUGGAUGACAGUCAGCCGGAUGCCAGUGGCCAUGAGGAUGCCCCAGACGACGCCCACGAUGAGGCUCCCGAGCCGUCAUCAACUAACAACCAAGUUACUAUCCGCAGAGCAUGCGAUGCCUGUCGAGCGCGAAAGAUCCGCUGCAAUAGAGAAUCGCCUUGUUCUUAUUGUACACAUGCCAAGAUAGAGUGUACCCAUGCAGACAACAAGCCAAAGGAGAAGCGGACAAGAAUCCUCAUCACUCCACAAUAUGAGAGAAAAAUUGACCAGAUUGACCGACGCCUUGAAACGGUCAUCCGCCUCCUUCAUGACAUGAAGGUAAACCCUUCAACCGGGGCCAUCAAUAGCAACAGGGUCAACGGUAUCAUAGGAACACCGCAGAAUGAAGGUGCAUCGCUUUUUGGACAGGAAAUUCCAUCUACAUCCGCAACCACACCCUCUAGUCACGCCCUCCAGACGGACGAGGAAGUGAACGCUGUUGUCGAAGGCGAGCCCUCAUUAGCUGCCCAUUCCGUUUUUGCCAAUGAAUUCAUCCAGAAGGUUGUGAAUAACAAGUCACUCCAAGACUCAAGCCUCGACUUGGGGGAAACCCUUGAUGCGCUCUCCCAGAUCGUGAAUGCGCUGAAACAGCAGCCCGUCGCCGGAGAGAUGACCUACCCCAGUGCGAGGCCGGUCCCACGACAACGUAUCCAGGGUCUCGAACUGCCCCCCAUCCAGAAGGCUGUUAACACGAUUCGCAUUGCAAAGAGUCAGCGGCUCACGGGCAUGGCCUGGAUUUACGACUUCUUACCCAGUCGGCGCUUCCCAGAUUUAUGUCUAAACGUCUACUUCUCAGAGAACCAUUCUGAAUAUGAUUUCAUAACCGUGAAUGGGGGUUUGCAUUCCCUCUUCACAGAUUAUGCUUCCCAGGCUGGGCCGGAGGAGAAGAGUGAGUUUUUAGGGUAUGCCAACAUGUGCAAAAUCAAUCUGGAGACUACACUGUCAAAUUUGCCUCUUCAUCUACCUGCGUCAUCUGAUGUAAUUGUCGCUCUUCUUUUCGGCAUGUUUGCUAACUGCCACAAGACUUUCCACGCUGUUGAAAUCUCCAAACUGUCACUUUCAUGGACUCUGGUGUCAAAGGCAUCAGAAUUAUGUCAAACGCUGGGCUACCACAGAGCUGAAUCUCUCCAAAACACGAAAGAUGACGGCAAACCUGUCGUGCAUGGAAUGCAUUGGCACCAAUUUCUCUUCUGGAAUGUUUACUGUAUGGACAAGGCUCUCUCGCUCCGCUUAGGGCGUGCUUCAACAAUCCCAGACUGGCACAUCACGAUGCCAUAUCCGUCCUUAAAGGAGCCAGUGGAAGACCCUAUUAUGCCCUACUACGUUUUCUGGAUUCAAACCGCAAAAUGCCAGGGUAUGAUUUACGAAAUGCUUUACAGUCCAGAGUCGAUGGCACAGCCGUAUCAUGUUCGCCAAACGCGUGUGCACGAGCUAGUCUCCAUGCUCCACGAUAUCGAGACAAAGAUACAGGAAGCAAAUCCCAAGUGGAAGCCUAGAGCACUAGAGUUGGCUGAGGAAGCGCUCAUCGACUUCUUCCUCACGUCUGACUCGGUUCUGCGCUUAUCACUAUUGACGCUGGUUUACCGCGCCGCUCCAAGGGUUGAAGGUUCUCCCACAACCUUUAGCCCGGAAUGUGUCAAAGCUGCACGAGCUGCCCUAGAAAAGCAUCAAGAAUGUGUGGCUGUAAUGCGAAAAUCUCAUGAGAUCUAUUUUGCCUCUUACAUCCAUUGGACUGUCAUGUUCGCACCUUUUAUCCCAUUCAUCGUUCUCUUCUGCCAAGUAAUUGAGACGCAAGACCAAGAUGACCUGGCGCGCCUGCAUGGAUUUAUUCUUUUCCUUCAAGAAACGACUUUACUUUCGGAUGCCGUUUCAAAAAUGUACCGCCUCUUCCAAGUCUUGUAUAGCGUUGCUCUACGAUUUGUGGAGUUUCGUACGUCCACACCACAGGCAAAGGAGGCGCAAGCAAGCGCGGAAAUGGAUGCGUACCUCGCUGCAUUAGGAUUCCCUGCCAAAGGCGGAAACGGCGGGGCACAGCAGCAGCAACAUCAUUCACCCCACGACCAACACCAGCAACAACAGUCACAUAACAUGGGAUUUGGUCAAAAUGUCAAUAACGGCCCUGAAAUGGGGCAGGGUCAUCCUAUGACCGGUGUAGUUGCUAGUGCAAUGGAUGAGGGGUUGAGGCCCGGGAAUCCGAUGAUGUGGAUGACCAAUGCGGCACAGUUGGAGGAUUUCUUUUACAGUAAUCAGGCAAUGAUGGACCUGCUACAAGAGCAAAACUUUGAGUCGUCUCAUCAAACUUAA